UGGACGUGGACGAGGGUUUCAUUUUUAUGUCAGCCUUUUCUAGACCUAUGUGCGAGUUUCCGCGAAAGACUAUGUACCUACUUCGAUAGUGCUUGUGAUUUUGUUUACUAUUAAGGAUCUAACAAGAACAAGUAAAAAUGUCAGUUUGUGGUCCAGCCUCGACCACUGCCGACACGUCGUCAGCGCCCGCGGAGCCGAUAGCUCAAUACACGGCUGUAGACGCUAAUCCUGUUGUGAAAACGACGUCCGAGGAAGAAGUGGGAGAUGUGACCAUGAAAACCGAUGUUGCAGCUGAAGCUGCUUCCUCAGUGGAGGCUGAUCAAACUGGGGCUUCAACGGCUCAAAAGAUCGAAGUAUCGCCAGGUGUGUGGGUGAAUCCGCAGGCGGUACCGACCGCCGGUGACCCAGAGAGCAAGAACGCUACGAAAAAGCGACUCCGAGAAGAACGCGCUAACGAGCGAAAGCAGGAGACGAAGCGACGCAAGAAGGAGCAAGAAAAGAAGAAAAAGGAAGAGAAACGCGCUGCGGCACUGCAAGCCCCAGAAGAGGGCACAGCUAAUACAUCAAAAGCAGCGGGCGAGGAACAAGAAGGAGCGCGAAAUAAUCCGACCCGACAGGAGGGUCGUGAGAUUCGAAAACAGGCGUUGCUUCUGAAAGCCGAGAACAACGCGAAAAUCCUGAUAGACUGCGAUUGGGAUAAGCUGAUGACCGAGAAGGAAGUCAAAUCUCUCGCAUCCCAAUUGAUGUACAGUUACAACAAGAACAAAACUAGUGAGGCGCCAUCCCACUUCCUGCUCUCAAAAUGCGACGGUCGGGUCAAGGAAUCAUUGGACCGCAUUGGAGGCAGCGAUAAGUGGCCAGCAUUUUGGCGUACUGAAGAAUGCCUGCUGCAAAAAUUUCUUCAGCCGGCAGCGGAGAAAAGCGAAACAAGUAGUUGUGCGGCAUCUUCCUCCGCUUUGGAGAAGAACGAGAAGGACGUUGUUGUGGAGGUUUGUAAAACUUCAGAGGAAUCAUCCGUUUCGUCAAGCAAUGCGAUGCCGUCUGACAACACGCCUGCUUCAACUCCGACAGAAAAAGAAGCACCUCCAGCGGGAAGAUCAACUGAGGGGGAUGACGAUAACAUCACCUCUUCAAAGUUGUUUUCUCUCGACUCAUUCGUCCUUGAGAAGGAGAAAACUGUCAUUUUGACAGCCGAUACUGAUGACGUUCUGACGGAAAUUGAUCCGAGUGUCACCUACGUCAUUGGUGGCGUCGUCGACCGCAACCGCCUGAAGAAUGCGACGCGACAGAAGGCUGACUUCUAUGGCGUCCGCGCCCAACGUUUACCGAUCAGCGAGUUCGUGGAUUCCGAUCUGGGUAGUUUCUCAAAGGUGCUAACAGUGAAUCACGUGGUGGAGAUUCUGUUGCACUACCAAGCGACUAAGGACUGGACGGCCGCAUUGGAACAGGUGCUGCCGAAGCGGCGGAAAGAGAUGGGCACGAAGGAAAAGGAACGUGCUCGUGAGCUCCUCGAAGCCAAGCUGCAAGCCGUCCGAGAUGGACGGGACGGGAAAAAGGACGAUGAUGGUGGCGAGAAGAAGGACGCUGCCGAGAAGAAGGAAGCCACUGCUGAAAUGAAAGCCGAAGGCGAGGAAGAAAGCGUAGAUGUUACUGACAAACGUGGUGACAAAAACACGACGUCCGAGAAAACAGCGUAGGAGCUUCAAGGGAUCUACAAUCCGCACUGAAAAUUUCUUCCAAGAAGAACCAGCUGUAAAAUUCGCUGACUUGAUGUUUUUAUAUAAUUAUGUCGUGACCGUCCCCUUAUUUUCUUUCUGUGCCUCCACAAACUCGAAGACAACGAACUUCCUCAUGAUCGAGUUCAUUUUGUGCCCCCCAUCACAAGGACAUGAGCCACCUCUUUUCAGAAGGUUGUUUCGUACGAAGCCA